AUGCACAAUCUUACCUCCAUGUCUACAUUUCUGCUGCUGGGAUUCUCAGACAUUCGAGAACUGCAGAUCUUGCACUUCUUUGUGUUCCUAGCAUUGUACAUUAUAGCAAUCAUAGGGAAUCUCCUCGUUGUUGUUGCAAUUGUCCUUGAUCACCACCUUCACACACCCAUGUACUUCUUUCUACUGAAUUUGGCUAUGCUGGACAUUGGAACAAUUUCCGUCAUGGUACCCAAAUCAAUAGUUCUUUCCCUCCUAAACAGCAGGUUUAUUUCUUAUUUUGGAUGUGUUGCUCAAGUUUUCUUUUUUAUGUUAUUUGGAACAUCAGAUUUUGCUCUCCUAACUAUAAUGGCACAUGAUCGCUAUGUUGCUAUUUGCAACCCAUUACAAUAUGAGUCAAUAAUGCACAAAGCAGCCUGUAUUCGUAUGGUAGUGAUUGUGUGGACUAUUUGUGUUUUAUAUGCUGUGUUACAUACUGGGAGCACUUUUGCAAAUACCUUCUGUUCUAAUGCUGUUAAUCAGUUCUUCUGUGAAAUCCCACCACUACUGAAGCUCUCCUGCUCUAACUUCUACCUGGUUGAAGUUGGGCUACUUGUGCUAAGCUUUGGUAUAGCACUAGGUUGUUUUGUUUUCAUCAUCUUAACAUAUAUGCAGAUCUUUUCUACAGUGCUAAAAAUCCCCUCUGUUCAUGGAAAGAAAAAAGCCCUCUCCACUUGUCUUCCUCACCUCACUGUUGUCUCUGUGUUUCUUUUAAGUGGGUUGUUUGCCUAUGCAAGGCCUCCUAGUGAUUCUUCUUCUGAUCUAGAUAUAGUUGUGUCUGUGAUGUACACCAUAAUUCCUCCCACAUUGAAUCCAUUCAUCUACAGCAUGAGAAACAAAGAAAUCAAGACUGCUUUGUGGAAACUCUUAAAUUUUGGGAAAUCUUCUAAAGUUUUCUCCUGA